AUGGCCCCCAAUCCCUACCCAGCAAUCCCUACCCAGCAGUCCCUACCCAGCGGUCCCUACCUUGCGGUCCCAACCCAGCGGUCCCUACCCAGUGGUCCCUACCCAGUGGUCCCUACCCAGUGGUCCCUACCCAGUGGUCCCUACCCACCCAGCGGUCCCUACCCAGCGGUCCCUACCCAGCGGUCCCUACCCAGCGGUCUCUACCCAGCGGUCCCUACCCAGUGGUCCCUACCCAGCGGUCCCUACCCAGCGGUCCCUACCCAGCGGUCCCUACCCAGCGCCAGCGGUCCCUACCCAGCGGUCCCUACCCAGCGGUCCCUACCCAGUGGUCCCUACCCAGUGGUCCCUACCCAGCGGUCCCUACCCAGUGGUCCCUACCCAGCGGUCCCUACCCAGCGGUCCCUACCCAGCGGUCUAGUAGAGCCGACCACUGUCACUCCCAAAGCCCAACACUACUUCUGCCCCCAGGCCCAUAAACCCCAUCAGGCCCAACACUACUUCUGCCCCCAGGCCCAUAAACCCCAUCAGGCCCAACACUACUUCUGCCCCCAGGCCCAUAAACCCCAUCAGGCCCAACACUACUUCUGCCCCCAGGCCCAUAAACCCCAUCAGGCCCAACACUACUUCUGCCCCCAGGCCCAUAAACCCCAUCAGGCCCAACACUACUUCUGCCCCAGGCCCAUAAACCCCCAGGCCCAUAAACCCCAUCAGGCCCAACACUACUUCUGCCCCCAGGCCCAUAAAAAAUCAGGCCCCCAUGCCCCCAGGCCCAUAAACCCCAACACACUACUUCUGCCCCCCAGGCCCAUAAACCCCAUCAGGCCCAACACUACUUCUGCCCCCAGGCCCAUAAACCCCAUCAGGCCCAACACUACUUCUGCCCCCAGGCCCAUAAACCCCAUCAGGCCCAACACUACUUCUGCCCCCAGGCCCAUAAACCCCAUCAGGCCCAACACUACUUCUGCAGGCCCCCAGGCCCAUAAACCCCAUCAGGCCCAACACUACUUCUGCCUGCCCAGGCCCAUAAACCCCAUCAGGCAACCUACUUCUAAGGCCCAUAAACCCCAUCAGGCCCAACACUACUUCUGCCCCCAGGCCCAUAAACCCCAUCAGGCCCAACACUACUUCUGCCCCCAGGCCCAUAAACCCCAUCAGGCCCAACACUACUUCUGCCACUAG